AGUACAAGAGGGUAAUAACUAGUGGUAUAAUCUCACAGUGUUUUACCAAGAUAACUCAUCAAACACCAGUCAUGAGAUGGCUUUUCUUAUUAAUGUCUGUAAAUGAGGAUCAUCAGGUACAGAAUGGAUGUAAGAAGAUGCUGCUGGAAAUUCUUCAUUACCAACUCAUGGACGGACAACAAAAAUGGGCACCAAGACUUGUUGAUAUUCUUUCAGUCCUGCACAAUUAUGGUGCAGCUUUAGAAUCACUAAUACCUUGUAACUCAAGUACCUUAGAGAUAAUACGAGGUAAACUGGUAAAAGAGCCGGGACAUAUACAUCAACCAGGUGCAGGGAAUAUUGGGAUGAAAACAGAAAACUUGAUACUUGUUUUACAGAUUCUAGCUCAAUGUUUGAAUGGACCAAGUGGGAGAUACAGUCCAAAUGAUCUCAGUUUACUAUGUGUAGCUCUGUGUAAAGCAUCUUUAGACACAUCAAUAAAACAUUUUUGUGCAAAAGGAGCAUUUCAAAAUUGUAUUACCAUGGUGAUUAGACAGUACUUGGAUGCCGAUUGGCUAAAAGAGAGAUUAAAGUUGACGAGAAUGUUAGUAGGAAUUACAGACCAUCACCAUAAUAAUGCACAUAUAGCAGAGUUACUUCCCCCUGGUGCUAGAGGCAUGUUUAUUCAGAGAGGAUUUUGUUAUUUAGUUCUCAGUGAAAUAUUACUGGACAGAACAAAUGUGUCUGAUGAAUUACUGAAUUCUAUAAAGAUAAAGGACAUGGAGAAAUUUAUUCCAAAGUUAAAGGAUGUGUUAGAGAUAGAUUCAUACAAAUUAUCAAGUGUAGUGACAUUGAUUGACAAAUGCGUUGGUGUUAAUAUGACCUUGAAUUCUGAGGAAAGGGGGCAGCUUAAAUGUUUGUUAGAGAAGGUGAGAUGUGUAAGAGUUCGAGAUAAUGUCAGUAUGCUUGACAGAACAAGGGUAAAGGAUAUGAUUGUGAGAAUGACCAGUAAAUGGGCUUUAGAUAUACAAACAAUGAAAGGAAAACAGACAAAGAUUUUUGAAUAUGCAAGUCCAGUCAAAAUGCAUGUAGAACAAGUGCAAGCAACACAGUCAAGUGGUGAAGAUGAUGAGCAGUCUGAUAGUGAUGAUGAUCUACCGUGUAAAAUACAAAAAAUCUCACCUCAAAUAAAUACUUGACUUUACAAAUCAAUAGAUAAUGCAUUUGGAAAUAUUGUUGUAUGGUUGUAAGUUGACUAAAGGAGCACAUGCAAGACAAUUUGGUAGCAAUACUAUUUUCAUAUAAAAAGCUUAGUCAAAUUUUGUUUAAUUACCAGACAAGAAUUUAUUUACCUAUACUCACCAGCUUACUGUUAAGCAGGAAGUACAUGUAGGCUUCAUGACUACAUUGGUAAACAACAAUGUGUGUGAUUUCAAGGUGUACAGAUGUUAUUACAGUUAGAAAAUCUACUUCAGCAGAAAACCUUACUUCAGCAUAUACAUACAUAUAUAUACUUAUUUAAUUAUUUGCCAUUAAAUUUGUUAAGUUUUGUAAACAAUAAUUCAAGAUCAUACUGGUUGUUAAUCUCUUGUAAGGAAGGUACAGUGCUUUUGCUGUGGAUAAAUUUUCUAAGUGGAUACAUUCUUUCUCCUGCCCAUUUGGGUCUUUUAAUGUUACCACUUUCUCAAGUUUUUUUUCCAUAGGUUUUUUUUAAGAUACGCAUUUCAGAUAUUUUAAUUUUUUGUUAUUUACUUUUAAAUAUGGGAUAUAGUUAGCAUUAGAGACAUAAUUUUCAUACGCAAAUAUCCUGGUAAAAUGUGGGAAGUGUUUAGUUUGUAUUAAUUGACAUAAAAUUCUUGUUUAAUAUUUUUGUCAUAUAUAUUGACAUAUUUUUAGACCUGUUGUGAUUUCAUUUGAAUUGCAUUAUUUUGACUGAAUGCAUGAUACUCACAUCAGUGAGGCUUAUGGAAGGAGAUAAAAAAAAUUGUAGUAAUUUGCAAACAACAAUGAUAUACGGUUUUUAUAGUCUGAAAAAACUUGUGGGAAAAUGUCAUAAUUCUGUCUUAUAAAUAAUUAUUACAGUGUUUCCUUGUAUCAUAUACAAUAUAUUGUACGAUCUAAGAAUUAUUGUGUUCAGAAAAAAAACUGAUUUAUUCUCUUUCUAGAGGAUGCAAUAUACAGGGCAAAAUUUAUAACAUAGAUAUGCCUCUCUUCAUGACGGAUAAAGUAGUUAAAAAGAGUUUCUUACAGCCGUAAAACCAUGUAUCAUGUUAAUUUUUCUUAUAUACUAUCUUUAGUAAAGCAUUAUACAGGAGAAAAACUUAUAUAUCUUUAUAAAUCUCUGAUCACCGUUUAAAUGAACUGAGAAACGAUGAAUAUGUAAUACAUGUACAUGUUUUACUAUAUAAAAAUAUCAGGUCCUGUAAUAUGUGAACAUUUAUAUAUGUUUAUGUACCCAAAAACUGAUUUUACAAAAAAAUGUCUAAAACAUAGUUGAAUACCUUGAAUAAUUGAUAUAUUGUUGAACAACUUUUCAAUUUAUAUUGUAAAUGACAUCUUCACACUAAUACUGUUUUUGCUAGUUUGUCAUUAAACAAUAUUCAUGGAGGUGAAUAACUUAUUAUUUGAAAGACAUUACUCGCCUUUAAGUGCAAUAAAAUAUUUUAAAUAUG